GAAUGGGAUUGGAGAGUCUUUGUUGAGGAAGAACAAGUAUUAUGAGGACUGCCCAGGUUGCAAGAUUGAACUUUCCAAAGAAACCAACACUGGUGUUCCUUUUAAGUAUUUGCUCUAUGUCUGGAUUGUUGUCCUUUGUGCAGGUUAAGCAUCAUUCUAUGGUUAAGAUCUUUUCUUGUUCGUGUUGGUUUAUUUUUAAAUUUUGUUUCUUAUUUGUGCAAGUAGAGAUAACUAUAUGUACUUGCCCAUUUCCGUUGGAUAAUUGGCUCUCUCAAGAGGUAUUAUCAUAAUUGGCCCAUUCAAGUGGUAUUAUCAUAAUUUUCCCUCUCAAGUGGUAUUAUCCCACCUUGGAAUCAUGGCCUUGUGGUGGGUUGUCUUAAAAAGACUCUCUUCGUGAGAGAGGUGGUAUCUGGAGAUUUCUUGAAUUGAUUUGCGUUGUCAAUUGUUCAAUUUGUUUCGUGUGAUUGUUCAAUGAAAUGGUUUGUUUUGAGACAUUGUUCAGGCAAAUGUUGUUGUUUACAAGGAAACAAGAUUUUUUAUAUUCUAGAAGGUCAGGGAUUUACACACAAUUUUGCUGCUAAUGAAGUUUACACAUCUUCAGAAUCCAAUCUUGCAGUAACAUCUGUUAAAAGCAGCAGUUAAUUGUUGAUUUGUUGUGGCAUGAGUAACGUGGCCUAAUAUAAUCAUGUGUCAAGAGUUGUAAUGAUUUGGUCCAUAAUCUAAUUAGGUGGUUAGGUCCAUGAUUAUUUAAGAAAGCUGACUGAAAAAGAGCAGUUUUCUUUAUAUAAAAAAUGUGUUUUCUCUGAAAAAGAAAGGAAAAAAAAAUCACCUGAACUCAAAACAACUGGAGUGUGUCAAGAUGGAUGGAAAUGGGAUUGGAGAGUCUUUCUUGAAGAAGAAGAAGAAGAAGAAGAAGAAGUACUAUGAGGACUGCCCAGCUUUGCCUAUAUCAUCUCUCUUUCCUUUCCUCUAUUUCAUGAUAAGGGACUUCCAUAUUGCAAAAAGAGAGGAGGACAUUGGCUACUAUGCUGGUUAUGUGGGUGAGAAAGAUUUUUAUACGUGACUUGUACUCAAGAGCUUUAACUUCUGUGCUCUGGGGAAUGAUUGCUGAUCGAUAUGGUCGAAAACCAGUCAUAAUAUUUGGCACAGUAUCAGUGGUUAUUUUCAACACCCUUUUCGGCCUUAGCACAAGCUUUUGGAUGGCAAUUUCUACGAGGUUUCUUCUUGGAAGUCUGUGCGGCAUACUUGGUCCAAUGAGGGCAUAUGCUUCAGAAGUUUGCCGUAAAGAAUAUCAAGCUUUAGGAAUGUCAAUUAUCAGCACCUCAUGGGGCAUUGGAUUAGUUAUUGGUCCCGCACUUGGAGGUUUUCUUGCUCAGCCUGCAGAGAAAUUUCCAAAUAUAUUUUCUUCUUAUUCUCUUUUUGGAAGGUUUCCGUACCUGUUACCUUGCCUUCUGAUAUCAAUCUUUUCUGUCGGUGUAUUGGUGGUUUGUUGUUUGCUUCCGGAGACGAUACACAACCAUAAAGGAAAUGAUGAAGAGUGCAAUGAUUCUGAUGCACUUGGGGCCACCACAUUUGAGUCCAACUCUUCUCAAAAAAGCCUGCUGAAAAAUUGGCCCUUGAUAUCAUCUAUUAUCGCGUACUGUGUGUUCCAACUUCAUGACAUGGCAUAUGCAGAGAUUUUCUCAUUAUGGGCUGUUAGUCCUAGGAAGAAUGGGGGAUUGAGCUUUUCCACUGCAGAUGUCGGUGAAGUUCUUGCAUUUUCAGGCUUUGGACUGCUACUCUUUCAGCUAUUUAUAUACCCAGUGGCUGAGAGAAAUUUUGGACCGGUCAUGGUAUCUCGCCUAGGAGCAGUCUUGACCAUACCGUUGCUAUCUAGUUACCCUUUUAUAGCUCUGCUAAAAGGCCUCACCCUCAUGCUACUGAUCAACUGCGCAUCCAUCCUGAAGAACGUGCUCUCUGUAUCAAUCACAACAGGAUUGUUCCUUCUGCAAAAUAGAUCAGUGGCACAACAACAAAGGGGUGCCGCAAAUGGAAUUUCAAUGUCUGCCAUGUCCCUUUUCAAAGCAAUUGGUCCUGCAGCUGGAGGUUCCCUCUUCUCUUGGGCACAAAAGCGUCAGAGUGCAUUUUUUCUCCCAGGUGAUCACAUGGUCUUCUUCCUCCUUAACAUGAUCGAGGUGAUUGGACUGUUCUUGACAUUCAAACCAUUUCUAGCUCUUCCUGAUGACAACAUUUCUUAGUUCUGUUUCAAAAGUUGACAUCAACCAACAAAUAAAUAAAUAAAAAACACGGGGAAACUGAUUCCAAAUUCUUUUUCCUAGCUAACCCAAUCCUUCAACUUUGGCAUACGCUCAACUGUAUAACCCCAUGUAAUCAACCAGAAAACCACAGAAGAUUUGCUCUUCAUGACAAUAGCAAAUAAGAACCACUUGUCCUUGCUAAUGCAUGUUUUUCUUUGAGCAUGGAAGGAUCAAGGAUUAGUAACUUGCAUCUCCAGCAGCCUCUCCUUGUAUUGUAUACUUAUCAGCUUACAGUAAUGUAAUAGUUUAAAACAAUUUUGCUGUGAUGACAACGUCUAAUACCUUCUUCUUUAUGUAGAUUACACACGUUUCAUUUUCA